AUGAGAGAUCAGGUUAAGAGGGGCGUUUCCAGACACGUGACAGACGAAGAGAUGAGACAAGACCGGGCUACAGGAAAGAAAAUGUGGUUUCUUCCACAUUUCGCAGUCACCAAGGACUCAACUACCACUCCUGUGCGAGUAGUGUAUGAUGGAAAGUCACGAUUCCAAGGUCAUGCACUAAAUGACUAUUUGAUGAAAGGAGAGAAUGUUAAUUCAAACCUGUUUGAAGUCGCCUUGCGCUUCAGAGAGAAUGAGGUUGGAGUUAUUGCUGAUAUAAGCAAGAUGUACCAAGCCAUCAAAAUCAAACCAGAUGAUGCCAGAUUUCAUCGUUACGUCUUCAGAGAGAGCCCAAGUCACCCGUUACAGGUUUUCGAGCUCAGCACUGUGACUUUUGGGGACAAACCCUCACCAACAGCUGCCAUCCUCACACUGCGACAUGUCGUCGAGGAACAUGCUCCAAGAGAUGAAGGACUGAAAGAUGUAGUUGUCCACCAGUUCUACAUGGACGAUCUGAACGAAUCUGUUUCUGAUGUGCAGCAAGCUCUUGAACUCAAAUCGAAGCUCACAAAGACCCUAGAGAAGGGAAAGUUCAAUCUACGUAAGUGGCAGUCAAACAAACGAGAGGUUUGUGAUGAGACCGAGGAUAUGAAGUCUGCAACAGUGCUUGGGACCAAAUGGAAUUUGGAGAAAGACACGCUGAGCGUCAAAGAGGUGAAACCAAUCAAGGGUAUACCUACGAAGCGCAGCAUUCUGAAACAGACGGCAUCUUACUACGAUGUCUUCGGAGUUUUGACUGGAAUAUUGGUGAGGCCAAAGAUCCUCCUGCAAAAACUAUGGCAACUCAAUUUGGAUUGGGAUACGCCUAUUGACUCCCAAAAAGAACUCUGUGCAACACUGGAUGCCAUAAACAAGGACCUGGAGGAAGUAGUGGAUGUUGAGAUACCGAGAUGCCUAAUUCCAGAGGAGUUUAAAGGAACGAGACCCUUGCCUGAGGUGUCACUACAUGGACUAAGUGAUGCAUCUGAAGACGCGAUGGGCAUGGGAGUGUGGCUCAGGUGGUCCCAUCUGGAAGGAACAGGGGCAGAGUUGUCCUUUGUGUGUGCGAGAGCAAGGCUUACACCGCUGAAGCAAUCGAGCAUGCCCAGGAAAGAGCUGCAAGCAAUUCUUUUGCUGUCGAGACUGAUGUGCACGAUCAGAGAUGCCCUCCGUAUCAACAUAGCAUACUGGAAAAUAUGGACUGACAGUAUGACUGCCAUCAGCUGGUUGAGGGGUCAGUCCAAAUCCUUCCGUGCCUAUGUCGCCUACAGGGUAGGCGAAAUCACCACUAGAUUUGAUCCUAUCUCUGAUGUCGCCUAUGUACCAUCUGCCCAGAAUGCAAUUGACCUGGUGUCUAGAGGAGGUACUGCAAGUGAGAUGAAGCGAGUUAUAGAUGGUCCAGAGUUCUUAAAACUUUCUCCAUCAAUGUGGCCAAAGACACCCGAGAAUAUCCCUACAGAUCCAAAAGACAAAGAAAAGAAAAAGUUCCAUGUACGGAAUGCGAAGACAUAUGCACUAGGUGUCAAGAUGGAGGACAAAACGAAACCAAUCUUGGAUGCUACAAAGUACUCCAACUGGACAAAGCUCAAGAUGGUCACCGCAAGAGUAUUGUCUGUGAGAGAACUGCCAAAAAGCCAGUGGUUGAAGCAACUCAUGAUCCAGAUUGCACAGUGGCCAUCUCACAAAUUCAUACGAGAAGCAGAGCGGUACUGGAUUCGUCAGGCUCAGAAAGAUAUCAACUUUCAUGACCCUAACAUUCUGAAACUCGACCCAUUCCUUGAUGAAGACGGUGUCUAUCGUGUUGGUGGACGUUUGGACAGAGCACCGUUGUCGUAUGACCUGCGUCAUCCAUACCUUCUCCCGAAGAAGUGCCAUAUCAGUUACCUUCUUGUGCGAGAUAGUCACGUACACGCCGUCCAUGGAGGUUACCUGAGAACAGCUACUGAAGUCCGUAAGAAGUUCUGGAUUAUCGGUGACAUAUCUCUAGCACGACAUGUUGUCCGUAACUGUGUGACAUGCAAGAGGUACAAGGGAAAACCAGUCCAACAAAGAAUGGCUGAUUUGCCAUCGUUUCGAGUAACUCCUUGUGCACCGCCAUUCAAAACUACACUAGUGGAUUAUCUGGGCCCAAUCAACGUGAAACUAAACAGGAAUACCACAACGAAGGGGUACUGUGCACUGUUUACUUGUGCAGUCACCAGGGCCGUCCACCUAACUGUGGUGCAGGACCUUUCUACACAGUCAUUUCUCCAGGCGUUAGAAAGGUUUGUGAGCAUUAGAGGGGCUCCAGCUACAAUGAUCAGUGACAAUGCAACUUGCUUCCGUGGAGCAGACAACAAAAUCAACGAGCUGAACUUGAAGCUUGAUAAGAAACAAAUCAGAGAGCUUGGUCUGCGCUACCAGGUGGAAUGGAAAUUCGGACCACCAGGGGGACCUCAUCAUCAGGGAGCCGUUGAAUGCAUGGUGCAAGAGGUGAAAAAAGCGAUGAGGCACCUUGUGAAAGCUGAUAAGCUAACCUUCGUUGAGUGGGAGACAGUGUUCUGCCAGAUUUCGGGACUUAUCAAUAGUCGCCCACUUACUGCGAUGUCGGCGUCACCACUUGAUCAGCCACCUCUAACACCUAACCAUUUCCUCAUUGGUCGGGGAGAUCUGAGCUGCCCUGACAUCCCUUGUGAGGAGUACAGGGGAGACCUGCGGAAGCGUCGCGAACUAUGCAAGACGAUGGUGGAUGGGUUCUGGCGCAGAUGGAUGGACUGCAUUCACAAACUGUCGCCACGCAACAAGUGGCAAAGGUCAACAGAGAAUCUUGAAGAAGGAGAUAUAGUUCUCGUCAUUGGGGAUAGUAAGGCUCGUGGAUCGUGGAAGAUGGCAGAGGUCGUGAAAUGCUAUCCGGGGCAAGAUGAUCUCGUAAGAAUCGUAGAUGUUAAGUCCACUGAUCGUACAAUCGCGAAAAAGCCGGUGACAAAACUUGUGUCUCUAAUGAAAAGGUCAGAGCGAGAUGAUUUAGGUGACUAA